AUGCGAGAGACACGGCGAACGCGGCGGCAACAGCUGAUUGCGUGUGUUGCCAGCUACGGAUUUUACUUCAAGUUCCGAUGUCGAACUUUUUCUAAGGUUCUUUUGAUGAACAAGUGUGUCUGUCAGUGCAGUGGGACGGAGACCUUCGAAAAGGUUACCAGAACGACAGUCAGAGGCAUCACAGGGAUUCCUCUCUUCUCGAACGCUGGCAACACUGUCACCAGCGACUGUCUGUCCAGAUGUCGCCAGUCCCGCAGCUGCUCGGGGUUUCUAUUGAACUACGACCGAGAAUCCUGCUUCCGCUUGGACAGGGUCGCCUACAGCUCGGGGGCGGCACUCCAGCCCACGCUCGAGCCCAUUAACUUCUUCGAGAAAAUCUGUAUUACAGCGAGUCCCUGCGGCAAAGACUGGAUGCUGGAGCGCGUCGUCGGGUUCGAGAUCGAAGGCUACGACGACAUAGUGCUGAACAACGUGCCCGACAGACUGAAGUGUGCUGAACUCUGCAUCCGGGAAAAGGGUCUUCAGUGCCGUAGCGCCGAGUACCAUACCAGACAUGAUCAGGCGUUGAAGCUGCCAGUGUAUUUACUAGUGUUCAGUAAUUUAGAUGAUCAGGUGAAGCUGCUAUCAAGAAGGAUAUCCAGCAAUGCCUUUCCACGUCUCAGGGACAACGUGUGCCGCCUGAGCCGCCAGGACCGAAGGACUCAGCCGCUCAGCUUCCGCCCAGCGUCGCCCCACGUGAUGUACAUCGAGAACCAGUGCGCGCCAGCCACACAGCAGCAGCAGUGCGAGUUCGAGGAGUUCCCGGCGCAGGACCUGGGUCAUGGCGAUAAGCAGAUAGCAGUCCGGUCGAAGGAGGAGUGCCUCCAGGCGUGCGAGUCGGAGGCCGCCUUCAACUGCCGCUCCUUCGCCUGGUACGAGAGAGCCGGCGUCUGUAGGCUCUCCGGGGACGACCUCGUCUGCGGGCCUUCGGCGCUUGGGGACUUGCCGGGCGCCACGUGGAUGCAGAGGUCGCCGUGCUUGGACUUGGAACUCGGCUGCACUGUCGACGCCAUGACUGUUCACCUGAACACGCCAGAACCCUUCAGAGGGCGCCUGUUCUCCAGAGAUUUCCCCGGGAGUUGUCAGUCCAGAGAUGUUGGCAGAACUGACACCACUCUCACCAUCAAGUUCAACGACCCGGAAUGCGGCGUGGUUAACGAAGGAGAUGGUGUCUAUAGUAACGUGGUGGUCGUUCAACACCACCCUGUCAUUCAACGAAGGGGAGACAAGGCCAUCAAGCUAAUGUGCUUAUUUGAGACUACCAAUAAGACGGUUACUGAUAGCUUCAACUUCAUUGUGAUCUUUCUGGCUUAUCGGGCGGGCGUGGCGACGGCGAUCGUGAACGCGACGGCGCCCUCUCCGCGCAUCCGCCUGCGCAUCGUGGACCGCCUCGGGAGGGACAUCAACGGCGCCAGGCUCGGGGAGGAGCUCUUCCUCAGGCUCGAGCUCGACGACGACAGCGUCUACGGCAUCCUGGCGAGGAACCUCGUAGCGAAGAGCGGCGACAACGCCAACUCCAUCAUCCUCCUGGACGAGCGAGGCUGCCCCGACGACCCCGCCAUCUUCCCCUCCCUGCAGCCGCUGCCGGGGUCCAAGAGUCUGCAGGGCAAGUUCGAGGCAUUCAAGUUCUCCGAGGACCAGGUCGUCCGCUUCCAGGUCAACGUCCAGUUUUGCCUCGAGGAGUGCAAGCCGGCGCAGUGCGGUAACAUCCUCUCCUACGGGCGCCGACGUCGAUCCGUAGGUGAAGGUGGCAUCGUGACCUUAGGCGGCGAGUACAGCCUCAUCGGCGGGGAGAUUCAGCUGGAGGACGACCACGACGACCCCCCCGAGGACGACCACGACACGAUCUACCACGAAAUGCCUCUGCAGAAGGAGAUCAUUGUUGAUAGCGAGACGGUGAAGCCUCUGAGGGCCGGUCUUUUGCCGGAAGAGACAGACGCCCGCCGCCUGGCCGAGCUCGUGUGCACAUCCCGGGAGGUCGUGAUUGCUGCGCUGGUUUCUGGGGCGAUCCUGCAGGUCUGCAUCAUCCUGACGGCCAUCAUGUGCGUGUUCGGACGCAGGAGGAAGGAGGCGCCAAAGGAGUCCCGGAUGUCGACCCUAACCCUCUCCAGGGGUGUUCGAUCCCCUUAUACCACGACUUCGGACGAUUCCGUAAACACGCUGAAGAGUCUCAGAACGUCUUUAAGGGAUUGAGAACUAUAGAUGCUUUAGCCAAGGGGUCGAGGGUAUGUUAGCGUGUGUUCGUUUUUGUGUGUUUGAUAUUGUAUAGAAUUUUAUUGAUUGCAAUAUUAUUAUGUAGGUAUGACGGCAGGCAGGAGUCGUGUUGGUUGAAAUUUUGAAGAAUUUAAGUUACAGAGAGAGAGAGAGAGAGAGAGAGAGAGAGAGAGAGAGAGAGAGAGAGAGAGAGAGAGAGGAGAGAGAGAGAGAGAAGAGAAGAGAGAG